AUGACCGGAAAGGGCCCAUUGGAAUUCAAGUGGAUCGAUGGGAAACCUGUUAAUUAUACGAAUUGGGCUCGCAAGGAGCCGAACGACCACAAAGACCAGGGUGAGACAUGUAUUGAGAUGUACGUUCGUUACUGGAGGUUUGACAAGACAAAGAGUCUGGAGCAGAAUAUGGAAACCACCGGCGCCGGGAAAUGGAAUGAUCUGAAGUGCAAUUGGAGUCCGAGGGCUUUUGCGUGUCGUAAGGACCAGGCAAACCCACUAGCGGGGCCUAGCAAGGACCCUCCAGCGGGCACGACCGGAAGCACAUUGAGUACCACCGCGACUACCACCAAAAGAGUGCCCAAGCCAACUUGUGGUGAUGCCGCAUGGAAGCUCCGUGAAAAAACUUCCAAGUGCUACGCGAUCCUAAACGAGGCCACUGACUUCGACAAGGCUCUGUUGAGGUGCGAGGCGAUGAAUGGCACGUUGGCCUCGGUACAUUCUGAGGAUGAAAAUAAUUAUAUUCGAGACGAAACCACAUGGGUGCUCAACGAGACGAAUCUGUUUUGGCUAGGCGCUCGGAGGAACAGCGGUACCGUCGGUGAUUUUUCCUGGCUUGACGAUUCGCCAAUGAAUUAUACUAAAUGGAGCAAAGACCUCGACAACCUGGAUGGCAGGGAGAGCUGUUUAGAGCUACGUGUAACGCGCGAGUGGAACGACCGGCCGUGUGAUACCAAGAAUCGCGGAAUCUGCCAGAAAGCUCCAAUUUGGGUG